AUGGAGUGGGGGUGCAAAUGUACUCGCUGUAACAAUCCUCGUUGGGAAGAAAGCUGGGGUCUUUCUCAUUUCGACGAACAAAACCUCGCGUUGCGCUUGUGCGAAUUAUUUUUGCAAGCUGUGCAGAAUGGACAGGAUACAUUAAAAGUUUCCUGCAAUACUAAGUCGUUAUGCCAUCAGGAUACUUGGAGCGUUCGGAUUCAUGACACUUUACGGACUUUCCACUCGGACUUUGUUUCUGUAGAAUAUAACUCUUCGACAUCUACCUAUGUCUACAAGUGGAAAGUCGAAACAUCUUCAAGUCUAAUAGAUUAUACGCUCGACGUUGCUAGCAUUAAAAUGACAUCACUGCUACAGAUAUUCACUGAACAACAGAAGAUGGCUGUCUUGAAACUAAAGAAACUUGUUGACGAGCCUUUAUCAAGCGGAAAUGCAGAAUUGGCCCUGAUGACAGAUGUAAUCAGAAAUAUGAAGAAAUGGUUUUAUGGAUUUGAAUUUGUUUAUGAUGUUGAUCUGCAGACUGAAGAUAGACGAGAUAUCGAUGAGAAAGGUUGCAUAGGGCUUUUGGUUCUCUCUUCCAGAGUUGGUAUAUUGGUAGUUAUUGAGGUUCGACGAUCAACCGGGGACAACAACCACAGGAUAACGUCAAGAGAACACGCAAAAAUGCUUAAGGCUAAGAUAGCGGACAAAUACUCCACCAAAUGUAUCACUACAAUUGGUGCUCAUUUCACUAGCGAGAUGGAUCAACCAGAGUUCCUGAGUAAACAGGACAAGAUGAUAGCUCAGUCUGUUUCCAAGUAUUAUGCAUUGAAUAUAUCAACCGAUAACUCCAGAAAACGGCCUAAAGAGUCCAAAGCCGCGAUGCAUCGUUCAUGGAAAAAAGAUUCUCCGAACAAACGCGCCAAACGUACGCAGACCGUUACGACGCUGAAUUCAUUGUCUGCUCCUCGUAUGCUGGCGCAAGGUGUAUAUGAAUCUGCUCGGCAUAAAUUUUGGAAAGUUGUACAAUGUUAUAAAUUGACGGCUACGAUUAUAGGGCAUGCUAUUGUAUUUACUGUACUUGCUGCAACAAUUAUUUUGAUGCGUGGUACUGCCCAUACGUCUAGGGUAUCGUCAUCAGAAUUUAUUAAUCCAUUAUAA